ACCAAACAGCCUAAUAGGGUGCGGGUACGCUACCCCAGGCCAGAAACGAAACACUGGUCUUGGGGCUCGGCUCCUCCCCCGGAAGUGACGCGAGGUUGCAGCGUCGAGGAAGGGCCCAGGCAGCUCCGGGGGGGUUUGAGAGUGGCGGAGGCCGCGGGACGACUGGAGCGCCCGCUGUAGUGAAGAACGUCGAGCGCGCUCCCGGCGAGUGGCAGCCUAACUAGCCACAUCGCCGCCCCGGCCGCGUGUGCGAGGGCGGAGGGCGGGGCUCGGGACCUGCGGCAGCGGGAGAUGCGGGAGGCUGCAGGCACGCGGCUGGCUCGGCUCGGCGGCCGCCGCCGCCUUCUCGGGCCCCGGCGCGGGAGUCGCCGCUGUUGCCGCGCCGUCCUUGAGUUCCUAGCGCGAGGAGCGGUCGGCGGCAGAGUCUAGCACCGCGAUCAAGGGCGAGAAGAAUUCCCGCGUCCUGCCUGCCCUUUGCUAUGGACAGUGCCAUCACGCUGUGGCAGUUCCUCCUUCAGCUCCUGCAGGAGCCCCGGCACGCGCACAUGAUCUGCUGGACAUCAAACAACGGCGAGUUCAAGCUUUUGCAGGCCGAGGAGGUGGCUCGUCUCUGGGGGAUCCGCAAGAACAAGCCCAAUAUGAAUUAUGAUAAGCUCAGCCGGGCCCUGAGAUACUACUACGUAAAGAACAUCAUUAAGAAGGUGAACGGUCAGAAGUUUGUGUACAAGUUUGUCUCUUAUCCAGAGAUUUUGAAAAUGGAUCCACUGACGGUAGGCAGGAUUGAGGGAGACUGUGAAACUGUAAAUUCCACUGAAGGCAGCAGCUCCAAAGAUGCUGAGAGUGGAGGAAAGGAGAGGCCACCUCAGCCUGGAGCCAGGGCAUCCAGUCGCAAUGACUACAUACACUCGGGUUUGUAUUCUUCAUUUACGCUCAACUCUUUGAACGCCUCCAAUAAGAAGCUUUUCAAGUCAAUAAAGAUAGAGAAUCCAGCUGAAAAACUGGCUGAGAAAAAAGCUCAGGAGCCAACACCAUCUGUCAUCAAAUUUGUAACAACGCCUGCCAAAAAGUCACCCAUCGAACCUGUCGCUGUUACCUUUUCAACAAGCCCAAGUAUUUCUCCAUCUUCUGAAGAGACUAUCCAAGCUUUGGAGACUCUGGUUUCUCCCACACUACCUUCUCUGGAAACCCCGGCCUCCGUCUCCAUUCUGGCCGCCACCUUCAACCCCACCCCUCCGGUUCCAUCCGUCCCCCUUCCUCUAAAGGAGCCUCCCAGGACCCCGUCUCCACCUCUGAGUUCUAACGCAGACAUUGACACAGACAUUGAGUCGGUGGCUUCUCAGCCAAUGGAACUUCCGGAGAACUUGUCACUGGAGCCUAAAAAUGAGGAUUCAGCGUUGCCAGAAAAAGAUAAAACAAAUAACUCUUCCAGAUCCAAGAAGCCCAAAGGGUUAGAACUGACACCCACCCUUGUGGUCACAGGCAGUGACCCCAGUCCCUUGGGGAUCUUAAGCCCAUCUCUCCCAACAGCGUCUCUUACACCAGCACUCUUUUCACAGACACCCAUUUUGCUGACUCCGAGCCCCUUGCUCUCCAGUAUCCACUUUUGGAGCACUCUCAGCCCAUUCGCUCCCCUGAGCCCAGCCAGACUGCAAGGUGCUAAUACGCUUUUCCAGUUUCCUUCUGUACUGAACAGUCACGGACCAUUCACUCUGUCUAGCCUGGAUGGACCUUCCACUCCUGGCCCGUUUUCUCCAGACCUACAGAAGACAUAACCAGUGCAGUUGUGGACUAAGAGACCAACAAACUAAGAGACAGACAUCCGACAUGAUUCGGUUUGAAAUGAGGGCUAGUUCUGCAGUGCUCGUAAUAGACCGUUGUGAUUUUUCCCAUCACCUGCUGAAAGCCUUUUCAGGAUUCUCAAACGUUGGACUGUAUAAAAAUGCCUUAACUGGAGUCCAAACUCCACCUCACUUAAUUUUUUAAAAGGUGUUUUGUUGUUG